GAUUGCUGGCUUUCAGAGGGAGGCGGAUCUUUGUGUCCAAUGUGUCUCCACAGAGCUCACUUGAACCUUUCUCCUGGAACCAAACGAGCCCCGCUGAGAUAGCUGAGAGCCGCUUUCUCUCUCCCGGAGAGGAGCUGGAGGCUGACCGGGGGAACGGAGCAAUGAUCAGCACCAUGGAGUGCGCCGUGGACGCGCAGAGCCUGAUCUCCAUUUCCUUAAUGAAGAUCCACAACUCCAGGACGCAGAGAGGAGGAAUCAAGCUGCACAAAAACCUGCUGGUCUCCUACGUGCUGAGGAACGCCAGGCAGGUCUACAUCAAAGAGAAGUACGCGGAGAUCUACAGGAUGCAGCAGUACGAGGAGGUGAUGACUGUCUGCAAUGAGAUCCAGGAGCUCAACCCGCUGGAUCUGGAGGCGGAGGACGCGGAGGACGAGGAGCAGGCGCGGGCUGCUUGCUGCGCAGAGGAGGCGAGCGCGUGCGGCUCUCCGUGCCACAGAGGCGCGGCGCAUUGCCGGGCGGCGGGUACUGUGGCCGGCUGCUCCCUGUUGGAGGACGGCUGCAAAGAGCCGGAGCCCUCCUAUUACCGCAGCUGCUGCAUGGAGGCUCCCCCCGCGCCGCUCUGCGAGCAGUGUCCCGCAAACAGCAGCGCGCACUGCAACAAGACCACGGUGUUGGACCUGGACACGCAUGUGGUGACCACGGUGGAGAACGGCUACCUCCACCAGGACUGCUGCUGCGACGCGCUCCAGUGCGGCCAGAGCGCGCAGUCCCCAGCCAAGAAGCGGAAGGUGGAGUUCGGCUGCUGCGCGUCGGACGCGGAGGAAGCGCCGGACUUCACGGCGGCUCGCAAACGGGCCAAACGCGAGGACUGCUCCUACUCUGCCCCGGACUAUACAGACACUUCCAACAUCUCCAAUCUGAUCUCCAUCUUCGGCUCGGGGUUUUCGGGGCUGCUGAGCAGGCAGGCGGACUUGGAGCAGAUCUGUAGCAAGCAAGCCCUAGCCAGCCUCGGAGCGUGGACCCGAGCCAUCGUCGCGUUUUGAAUGGAACACUUUUUGUUUUGGGGAGGGGAGAGCGGGCUCAGCUGGAGCGGGACUGUGUGAUGCGUCCAGCUCCUGUGUGGGUGAUGAGGGGGUGGGGGUCAGUUUGCUUCAAACUUUAAACGUUCUGAGGUCCCAGAAAGUUUACAGAAUCGCAACAUUCUAGCAGAAAGUGAGAGAAACUCUGCAGAAAUGUGGACGCUUUUGCACCUUCAGUAACAUGGCAUGGUCACAGGAGAGGGAAACUUAUCAUGAGACACAAGUGGUAAACAGGGGGUCAGUUUUAGCGCUUGUAUUCACAGCAAUGCUGCUAACUACAGCUGUCACUUUUCCCUAACAGUUUUGCAAAUUUAGCCUCUUAUAUUGUGGAAACUAGGUUACAGAAAUUUGGGCCCUUAUGGGGACAUUUAGGGGUCAGCUUGUACUCCCCUUUCUUCAGAAUUGGGCAAAGAAAGUUUCCAGUUUUAAGUUUGUGUGUUCCAGCUCCCCCUUCCUGCCCGCCUUUUCCAGUGUCAGCCAUAAUAAAAUCCCAUGUGCUAAAUAAAUCAACAACUCCAACUGAAUUGUACCUCAAAGCACACUUGUGUCUUACAAAUCAAUAGCAAUGCUUCUAAUUGGAGGAAAUGGAGGCAUUCCAGCUGAGCCCACUCUCCCCUUACAGUGUCUAAAUCGACUUUAUUUUUGCAAGGAAAAAAAGAAAAAGAAGAAAAGCUAUUUAUUAAAUGAGCAAUUUAAUGAUAAUAGUUCUUUGACAGGGAGAGGCGGGAGAGUUGUUGGUGUCAUGUGCAGGCUUUUCAUAAAAUCUGACAGAAAUGGAUCCUUUGCCUUAAAUCCAAUGCACACUACUGCUAGCUAUUGUCAUAAACAGAAAGUCCAUUAUUGGAAGUGACUGAAUGUGUCUGCCGUCCUCUCCCGUCCUGAAACUCUCAAACUGAUCUUGCACACUCCCAACAGCUUUGUCGUCCUGUGAAGCACCACGUUCGAGAACUCACUCCCCAGAAAACACUCUUGAAGGUACACGGACUCUGAAGCAGCUCAUAUCGCUUGAUGGAGUGCCAACACUUUAUUCCACGUGGUCGUCUCUGCACCUCCGCUCCCACCUCCCUUCCAGCGUGUGGUAGUAAACAGUCCGGCUCAUUUCUGACAGUCUGACAUUGUUUUCUUAAUCAUGGUUGUUGCUCAAAGCCUUUCACAGCAAUUCAUGAUUCCAGCUUUGGUUUUGUGAGUUUCACUUUGUACAAAAAUACACAAAAAGUACAUAAAUAAAAGAGAAUGAUUGAUUUUUAGUCCUUUUGUUUUAAAAAGGCAAGCUCAUGUUUUUAGCCAUAACCUGAGAAUCCAUGCGUUAGCUUUAUGAGCACUAUGUGUACCAAAAUAAAGAGAGUAUUCAGCCAUUCUCUACAUAUUUUGUUGUUAUUCUUGUAUUUUUGUGCUUAAUAAAUUGUAUAUCACCGGGUAAAACUGUUCAAGAAAAUAUUUGUUAAAAUUUAUAAUCUUAAUAAAAAAUGAAAACCUUAAA